AUGACAGACUUCGACACACAAUUAGAUUACGCAUAUGUCAGUAGGUAUUCCUGUCAAACGAUAAGAUGGACUAGAGUCAGUAAACCUAAUGAGUUCACCGAUGAUGCCAAGAAAUGUGCGAAAGUUCUAAUGAGCAUAAUUCAAACAUUCCACCGUGAUUUGUAUGGACUGUUCUAUGACAUAGACGAUAACGACGCCGCUGCAGAUCAAAUUAAUGCACAUGCUGCCUUUCUAGGCGAUGCUCUGCAAGACUACGGUUACAUAUUAGCAACGGAAUUUGAGAAGCAGGACGGUGAAUUGUUCAAUGACAGUAAGACUAACGGCGAGAAAAUUAAGACACUUCUCAGUGGGCUCACGAAUAGCAAGAAUGACAGCGUCCUUAAUCAUCUUAACAAUUUCCUCACUUUAUAUUACAAGGUUUCUCACCUUAGAACCACGUCGUCGUCAAGUGCUAAAUACCCUGCACAGUUAGAGACAUGUUGGCGUGGCUUGGUGGUUUGCCGUAUACCACCGUGUCGACAAAAAUUAAGCAGCAUUGUAAAGACUUAA